AUGGAGAAUAAGAACACAAAAGAUAAGAUAUUUGAGAAGUUUACAUGGACGAUUAGGGACUUCUCUAAAUUGGACUCCAACGGGCAAUACUCUGAAAUUUUUUCCAUUGAUGACCAUUUAUGGCGGGUUCUGAUUUUUCCAAAAGGAAACAAUGUGGAAUACUUGUCAAUUUAUUUAGAUGGUGGUGGGAAUGUGGCAAAUUUGGAAACUGAACACCAAUUCAAUGCAAAAGAGAUUAAUUGGGGUUUCACCCGAUUCAUACCUUUAGAUGAACUUUGUAACCCUAGCAAUGGGUUUAUUGUGAAUGAUACUUGCAUAAUUGAAGUUGAGAUUUUGGUGAGCAAUUCAAAACACAAUAAUGAAGGAGAUCAAGAAGACAACAAGAUUAAUGAUAAGCAAACCAAUCAUAUUGAUAAUCCAUUACCUAAGGAAAUAGUCAAGUUCAGGGGUUUAGAGAAAAUGGAAGAAGAUUUUAUUCCACUAUUAGAAGAAGUAUGUUCCCAACAUCCAUCACUUGUUGAUAGGCAAAAGAAGAGAACCCUUAUGUAUGUUGAAUGGGCAUUCACAGCUUUAGGUAGAGUUCUACAUUUUCUCAAGACUAAAAAGGUGAAAGAUAUGGAUGAUGAUGCUUGUAAUCAUCUCCAAGUUUUAUGGGAGGAACUUGAGACAUUCAAAUUUGAUUUGACUUGGUUGGAACCCCAUGUUCAAUCAGCCUUGGGCAUGAAAAAUUAUAGGGAGAGAAGUAUUCAAGUGAAAAAAAUGAAGGAGAAGGUGUCUUUUUUAGAGACGGAAACAAAGAUGCUGAAGGAAAAGAUGAUGCAAGCAAAGAUAAAUCUUGAAAUAACAAGAAGAGAAUUGGCCAGAAUAAUUGAAGGCUUUGAAGAAUGCAAUUUGGAAGAUGGAUUAGGAUAUGGAGGACAAUAG